UACAGGAGAUGACCAGAGACUGCGGACAGUACAGAUGACCAGGGACUGCGGACACAGUACAGGGGAUGACCAGAGACUGCAGACAUAGUACAGGAGAUGACCAGAGACUGCGGACAGUACAGGAGAUGACCAGAGACUGCGGACACAGUACAGGAGAUGACCAGAGACUGUGGACAGUACAGGGGAUGACCAGAGACUGCGGACAGUACAGGAGAUGACCAGAGACUGCGGACAGUACAGAUGACCAGGGACUGCGGACACAGUACAGGGGAUGACCAGAGACUGCAGACACAGUACAGGAUAUGACCAGAGACUGCGGAUAGUACAGGAGAUGACCAGAGACUGUGGACAACAGUACAGGAGAUGACCAGAG